UGAAGAGGACAAAGCCUGAGCCUGGAAGAGGUGGAUAAAUAUUUGGAAAUGCUAUGUUGUCACUGUUUUCAGAGGGGUCAACAUUUUUGGCUAGGGUGAAAGAGAAGGUAACAUCUAGAAAGCACCAAGACAAAGGAUGUGUUUGGAUGAACUUGUUCCUCUGGCUUAAUUCCUUCUGGAGCAGCAUACUCUAGUCCAGACAUGAGUGGCUUCAGACUCAUCAUGAUACCACUUGAGCUGCUGCUUUGCUACCUCCUGCUGCACCCUGUUGAUGCCAUUUCAUAUGGAAACCAGACAAAUAUUCUGAUGCAUCUUCCCUCAUCCUUGGAAUCCUGGCCACCCUCCUCAGGCCCCUUGCUCUGCCAGGCCCUGCUCCCAAAGUCCCUGCCCGGCUUUACCCAUAUGGCUCCUUUACACAAGUUCCUGGUAGGCCUGUCACUGAUGAUCGCCCUCAAGGAAGCUGGCUGCCAUGCUGAUGUCCAGACCCUGCAGCUUCACCUUUACCGCCAGGGGGGUAUAAAUGCUACACAGAUCCUUACCCAACAUCUUCAAGGGCUGGAGAAAGGCAGGAGCGCAGAGAGGGGAGUGUCAGUGGAUACCCUGGCUUCUGCUCUGCAGCUGUUGGCCAGGGAGCAACUGGGCCCAGGGAGGGCCCGACGCUCCUUCACCGCUGAGGACUGUGAUUAUAAACAGGAGCAGGCUGUGCACAAUAUAAUCCAGUGGUUGCCAAGAGUGGGAACAUUCUAUAACCUGGGCACAGCUUGGUAUUAUGCUACUCAGAACUGUUUGGACAAGGCCAAGGAACGAGGCCAAGAUGGGGUCAUAGAUCUGGGUUAUGACCUUCUAAUGACCAUGGCUGGACUGUCAGGGGGGCCCACGGGACUAGUGGUCAGCAGUAUGCUUAAACCUGCAGUGAAGGCUGGGGUUCAACGGUUGAUCCAGUAUUACUAUGAGAAAGAGGCCAGCACCCCUCCUUCAGAGACCAGCAAAGAGGGUGUGGGCACCCCUCAUGUGAGUGACAUGGCAGAAACAACUACCACUGGCCCUUUGAUGUCUGAAGCAGUAAAUUCAUUUUUUUUCUGGGGGUGACUCUUAUUCAACAACUCAGAUCCCGGGAAUGAGAGUUUUGGAGUACAAAAAAAUGGUAAACACAAUAAAUAAAUUUAAUAUUCU